AUGCCGCGUGUGUACAACAAAGAAGGCGAUGAGGUCCGCCCGGUGUGCGGCCUGUGCAGCAGCAAGGGUCUGUUCUGCACCCGCUCCGAGAAGCCCGUCACCUUCAUCCAGCACGGCCUAUCCAAGCGCAAACACGCCGACCCGGAGCCGGCCAUCGCCGUCGCGUCAAGCCCCCACGAUGCGCUGGCCCAGGCCGACGUCGCGGGCGCCUUCCACCACUACAUAUCUGCCAUCGCCGCCUGGUACGACCUCGGCGACCCGUCGCGCCAGUUCGCCACCGUCGUCCCGAGGCUGGCGCUGGACGAGCCGCUCCUGUUCAGCGGGGCGGUGGCCGUCGCGGCGAUGCACCUCGGCAAGACGACGACUGGGGCGAAGGCGACCCUGGCCAUUGCGAGGGUGUAUCACGCCGAGUGCGUGGGCAGGCUGAUUGCCUUGGGGGAGGGGAGCGCGCUGCUGGAGAAUGGGGUUGCGCUUGCGACGGUUUGUCUGCUGCGGUCUUAUGAGAUUCUUGAUGAGGACGUCGACCCGAACCGGCAUUUGCAGGGCGCGUACUCGCUGGCCUCGCGCCGCGGAUUGCUCAACGACAUGUCCAGCCAGCUCUUCACGGCAGGCUUCUGGAACUAUCUCCGCGAAGACAUUACGUUUAGCCUGUUCGAGGGCUGCCCUCUCAAGAUGGACCUGAGCGAGGUCGUCGUCCCGUCACAUGCCCUCCCACCAGGCCAUCUCCACACCGCGUCGCUUAUUCUCGGGCGGUUGAUCAACGCUGCAUUCGAGCGGCCGGUCGAGGACGAAGAAUGGAUGGAGCUGAUGAAUGCCACGACAGCGUGGUACCAAAGCCUGUCCGCAGCGCAGAAGCCGUUUGGUCGGAUAGAGGGCGCUGCUGGAGAAUUGGCCAAGGUGUGGUUCCUGGAGGACUCACACGCGUCUGCGAUGCACUACUUUUUGACCAUUUGCUGUAUCCUCGCGAUAUCUGCGUUACCGGAACGGCUCACCCAUCUCCCGCCUCUGCACAGCGGGGUCAGUAUUUCCGGUCAGAGUAGGGAAGACUUGCUCGAUGGCUAUGCCUCAGAGAUUUGCGCCAUUGCCUUUACGACGCGCAUCCCGUCGGUGCUCGUGAAUGCCUUUGGGCCGAUAUCUUACAGCGCCAAAUACAUUCGGAAUGAAGCUGUACGGCAGGGCGUCCUGGGCAACUUGACGGGUUGCAGCGUGGACGACGACGGGAGGAUGAUAUCCUCUGUUGCUGCCCGCCCGCUGUCCCUCUAG